AAAAUGGCUUCCGUUUCUCCUUCGAGCCCUGUCCCGAUAACCGGAAGGCAAACGUCCACGCGUAAAACUCCGUCUCCCUAUCGGUUGAUCCCGUCCAAAAAUCGGUACAUCAAAACUCCGAAUAAAGUUUCCCGCAACAAUACCUUCAUCGCUACGAGUCGCCGUAGCGAAGAAAACGGUGGAAACGGACAUCGAUUGGUGAACAAUGACCGCAACAACGGUUACCAAUACAAGGUUAAAUGCUCCAGUGCCGGUGCCGUCGAGGGACUGAAACCUGAGCAACGCGAGGACGACAGCAAUCUGGUGGAUGUCUUCAACAGGGAUGAUAUCAAGUUUUCUGAAGGAUCCGAAGAGGAUCAUCAGCAGCCCACUUCGGAUACUGCUCCGUCCCCGGCAGUUUUGCAACCUAUACCCGUAAUCGAGGAGGUCCACAAAAAGCCGAGUUCGAUCCCCGUGAAAACCAAAUCGUUCGUAGGACGUUCGCAACGGAGCAUUAAAAAUGGUAACAGCGAAUCGAAGACUAUAAAAUUCCUGCUGAAGUUGACUACCAAAAGCUACUUCGAAACGCUCAAGUACGAAAUCGAUCGUAUCAAGGAGAACAAUCGUAAAAUACAGGAUCAAGCGAGUUCACACGCUCACUCGAUCAUGGCGCUGAUCAGCAAGGGAGUGGAUUUGGACCAUCAAAUGAGAGAUCUACGCAUUCAAAAUACACGCCUGUUGUUCGAAACGAAGGAAAAGGAUCGAAUUCAGCAGGAUACGAUCAAUGCAAUCACCUGCGAGUUGAAUGAGCUGAAAUCCAUUUGCAACCUUCUGUUGAAGAACAUCGAAAAGGACCACGAACUGGAGAUCCUAGCACGGAAACUGCGAAAAUCCAAACGUUUCGAUUCCAACACAUACAAAAUGCUCAAGUCACAGCUGCGCAAGCCAAUAUGUCUGAAAAGCGUUCCAAAGCUACCAUCCAUUAAAUCGUUGCAACCCAGAACCCGCGGUGAGAAGGCCUUGAAGCGGCAAAAAUCGAAAGCAUCUUGCCGAUCGUCUGCGCGGCAGAAGAGCGACUGGUCUUCGAUGUCCAGCAUUUCCUCGGUGGUGACCGGUUCCGACAUGCUGACGGACAUUGAGAGCACCAGCGCGGUUUCACAGAAAAGUACCAAACCUCCAAUGCAGGCGAUUUAUACGGAUCAAAAUUCAUCGAUCAGAAAACAAAUCCAACCGAGGAAACGAUCGGGACUGAUGAAGAUCUUCUGCUGUGGUGGCCGUUCGAAGCAAACGAAAGAGGAUGUUGCCAAUUCUAAAAUCAUUGAAGCAUAA